GUUCCGUACUUACCGUCAAAUUAUAGAACGCUUGCAGUUUUUACGGGAAGAUCAGCAUGCGGUUUGUCCAGUUUUUAUUGCACGGGGAAAGAAAAUUGGGACUGGAGCGUGGAAAUGAUGGAGAUAUAGUAGACUUGUGUGCAGGAGACCGCAGAAUCCCGACAGACUUACGAAGUUUUAUUGAGGGAGGAGAUAAAAACUUGAAAUUUGCUGAAAAUCUGGUAGAAGAAAGAGAAUGUGUUCUUAGCAGAGAUUCUGUGCGGAUAGUGGCACCAAUUCUAAACCCAGAGAAAGUCCUGUGUGUAGGAAUGAAUUACCGGGACCACUGCGAGGAGCAGAACGCACCUGUCCCAGAGGAACCUGUUGUUUUCAAUAAGUUUCCUUCCUGUAUUAUUGGACCCACUGACGAUUUAGAAUAUCCAACAGAAACACGGAAACUGGAUUGGGAAGUGGAAUUAGCAUUUAUCAUUGGUAAAGCUGGCAGACAUAUACAGGAAGACGAUGCUAUGAAACACAUUUUCGGUUUCACGGUAGCUCUUGAUGUCACUGCUAGGGACUGGAUGAAGGGGGAAAAUGGUGGACAGGUGUUGUUGGGUAAAGCCAUGGAUGGCUUCUGUCCCCUGGGUCCAGCAAUUGUUACUAAAGACGAGAUUGACGAUCCUCAUAACCUUGGGAUCAGAUGCAAAGUAAACGGCGUUAUCAAACAGAACAGCGACACUAACCAACUUGUGCACAAAUCAGCUGCAAUAAUCGCACACAUAUCCAGAUUCAUCACUUUGAAGCCGGGAGAUGUUAUACUGACAGGAACGCCGCCUGGUGUGGGAAUCGCCAGAAAGCCUCCCGAAUUCCUGAAGAGAGGAGAUGUUGUGCAGUGUGAAAUUGACUGUCUCGGGAAGAUUAUCAACAGAGUGGUGUAGACCACGCGUGUAGAUUGUGCAGUGUCGAUGUAAAUAACUUAUUCAAUAAAAGAAUAUGGAAUCUUU